GCACAAGCCUCUCCCGCACUUCGUGCGUUCGACGGAGAGGCUGGGCAAGCUAGACCAAUACCAGCAGCUUCAAUUUUUAAAUACACACACACACUGCAAGCACAAAGAAACGAGAUGUCAGUGGAAGCAAGACAAUCCAAUGCAGCGUUGAAUUUGAGCGGCAAGACUGCUGUCGUAACCGGUGCAACGCAAGGGAUCGGAGAGGGAAUCGCUCUACGAUGUGCUCAACUUGGCGCUAGUAGAGUCUUCAUCAUCGGUCGGAACCAGGAACGCGGGAACGCCGUACUCGAGCGCCUGAGGGCUGUUGCCAGAGAGAGAGCCGAUUCUAAACAACAGUUCGAGUUCCUUCAGGCUGAUCUUUCGACAAUCAAAACUAUCAAAGAAACCGCGACGGAGAUCCAGAAAAAGGUCGGAACAAACGGAUUGGAUUACUUGCUGAUGACUCAAGGAGGGCCACCGAAUGGAAUAUAUGAAGAAAAUUCAGAAGGAUAUGAGAAGUCGCUUGCUGUCCAUUGCCUAUCUCGCUUCGGCUUGAGUUACUUACUAGCUGAAUCGAAGACAUUGAAGAACGACAGUGCAGUCGUCUCGAUCCUGUCGCCUGGAUCGAGUUACUCGGAGCUCGAUCUCGAAGACCUUUCGUUGAAGAAACUGCAUGCGACUCAUCCUUGGAGGCCGACGAUGUUGAUCAGCCAGGGGAAACGCGACUCUACCCUUACUGACGCUUUCACUCUGGAGUUCAACCGCCGCUAUCCGUCAAUCAAGUUCUACCACCUCUUCCCAGGUUACGUCCAGACAAAUGCGGCAGCCAAUCGGGGACUCCCAUUUCCUAUCCCUCAACUAGGUUCAGUAUUUGGACCAGUCCUGGCAAAGAUUGUGGGAAAUACGCCGACAAGUUACUCGGAUAUCCCGUUAUUUUUUGCAGCCAAUCCAGAGGCAAGGAAGUUAGACGGCUAUCUCUUCAAUGAGCGCUUGAAGAAGAUUGAUUUAGGACAAUGGAAUCAUGACCAAGCUAACCGUGCAAAAGUGUUUGAAAAACUUCAAAGUCUGUUUUGAUUGAAAAUCAAACAGCAUCAGUAUCUUUUCUCUCAGAUGAUUAAAUUAUCUACAUAUAUCCAAUCAUGUGGUUCUGUUUUUUUUGUAUACAAAUAUCUAUUUAUCAGCAUUGCUUUAUGAGCAUGUUACUUACUGAAUUGUAUCUCUUCAGACAAAAGCUACCUAACACUAUCAAAAAAGAAACAUCUCAGAAAAAACCUGGCACUAGUUGACAUGCAGAUCAUUGCUCAAUCCAUAACUACUGUUAUAACUCCAAGUAAGCCUGAAGUAUUUGUUUUUGCAAAC